ACAAGGAUGAGAGGGAAUUAGCAAGAAGUGGGUUGAGUCUGGAAGGGUCAGUCCCAGCCCCUGUUCCCUGGGAACAUCCAGCAAACGAGCAACGUUCAGGAUAAAAAAUGGUGAUUAAAUCCUACGUGCGAUGCUAUCCGCUUUGUGAUCUGAGACAUGCUCUUCAUGCAUCUGAGAUUCGGGGAUAUGGACUGUAUGUUUAUCCUAAUUCUUUUUUUCAAUAUGAAGGAGAAUGGAAACAAGGAAGAAAACAUGGUCAUGGUAAACUGUUAUUUAAGGAUGGGAGUUAUUAUGAAGGCGAGUUUGUAGAUGGAGAAAUUAUGGGAAAUGGAUUGCGAUACUGGGCAUCUACAGGAAACACUUAUUCAGGUCAGUUCGUUUCUGGAGAGCUCCAUGGACAUGGGGUUAUGCAGUACAAAGACGGUGGGAAAUAUGAAGGGGAGUUCUCCUAUGGAAUGAGAGAAGGACAUGGAUUACUUGUCGACAAGGAUGGACAAACUUAUCAAGGAACCUUUUACAAUAAUAAGAAACAUGGAGGAGGGAAAAUGACCUUCAAGAAUGGUGAUAAGUAUGAAGGAGACUGGAUCCUGGACCAGCAACAGGGUCAUGGGGUGCUGCACUGUGCCGAUGGAACUGUAUAUGAGGGACAGUGGAGAAAUGAUGUGUUCAAUGGACAGGGCACUGAAAUUCAUUGUUCUGGUGUCAUCUAUGAUGGACUGUGGAUCAAUGGCUACCCUGCUGCUCAAGCAAAGAAGAUAGUAAUUUUGGGCCCAGAAGUUAUUGAUGUAAUCCAAGGGUCUGCUAUCACCCUUCAUGUCCAGCUACAGAAUGAAGGAGGAGAGGUUUGUGAAUAUGAGAAUGGUCGACUUUUGGAGAUCUGGGUUGGAGUCAAAAACCAUCAAAUUCCAGCAAGUUCUUCUACCAGCUUAUUCAAGUUAAUUGAAGAAGUUGAAAGGAAGCCAGUGAAAACCCCUUUUGGAUUUGAGUGUAUUAGCUAUCCUUUGAUGGAUGCUGUGUCUGGAAGCUGGGAACUGAAAGCUGCUGUCCCUAUAUCUGGCAAAUCUGGAUUUGCACUGGCUGAUUUACCAAUCCCUAAGGGAGAUAUAGAGCCAGAAUCCAGAUCAGACACCCUGCUUGGAAUGGGAGAUGCCCCUAGCACCGAGGAUGGAUUUGAAGAUGAAAGUAUCCGUCCUCCAACCAGUCAGAGAGUGGAGCGUGGCUGUGUUGUUUUCAGAAACAUCAUGCUUGCACCUCCUCCAGCUAAUUAUCAACCAUUCAUGCUUUUGGAUGAACUAAACAAGAAAAGAGGCAAAAAGCCAAGUGGAAGGAUAUCUGCUGAGAAAGCUGAGAAGAUGAUAGUCUCACAGGAGAAAAUUGUAGACUGCAGGUCUGAAGUGACAGCGAAAGGGUACAAGUCAAAACAGGAUCAGCACUCCACGAAGAACUCUAGGGUAUUGCCAGGCCAGUAUGUGAUUAUGGUCCAUGAAGUGACCAUGCCCCCAUUCUUGGGCCAGACUCUCCCACCUGCUUUCAAACUCUUGAGGGUUUUACCAGAGAAAACCAAAGUCAAGAAUAUUAAAAUGGAAGCUGUGAAAGCCAUCAGCACAUAAAGAAGGAACAUAAAUGUGUAAAGAGUCAGGACCUUUAUCCAGCACCCACUGAAGUCAGUGGAAGUUUUACCAUUGAGUACAAUGGGAGUUGGAUUGAGUUCUUGAGCCUUGAUCUGCCCAUGCAGUUGGGGUUUAAGUUUAAAUAUUGUGGACUAAUCAAAGCAAAGAAAUAACUGACCACCAGAGAUCCAUUUCACACUGGUCCUGUCUGGUAAUAUUUUAGAAGACAAAUAGAUAUUUCAGAUUGUAUUAUGAGAAAUAGGUAAAAGAAUUUAAUGAAAUCUAUUUUUCAUCACUACAGUAGAACCUCAAACUUAUGAACACCUCAGGAACGGAGGUUGUUCGUAACUCUGAAAUGUUCAUAACUCUGAACAAAACGUUACGGUUGUUCUUUCAAAAGUUUACAAUGGAACA